AUGCAUUCUGUUUAGGGUUAGGGCUGCAGAGAUAGAAUUGGAGGUAGAAUAUUUACCACAUAAGUCGGAGAUACUACAAUAGACAUGGGAGCUUCUUGGAUUCACGGUAUCGGUAAAGGAGCUUAUCGUCUUAAAGAAUGGAAAAAUAAAUAUAAUCCAUUAUAUCAGAUAACUCUUGAUAAUAAUAUCAAAACUUUGGCUACAUGGAAGGAUGAAGAUGAUGCAGAGACAUUGUUUUUCUGGUACAAGGGAGGAAAAACGACUUAUGAUGUUGACAAUGUUAUUAAGAAAUUUGAGAACAGCUUUGAGAGAUUACAGGACAAGGCAUUCAAAAACACAUCUCUUAAAGAAAUGUACUCAAAGUUCAACUUUACUUAAAAGUCAUCUAGUGGUGAUGCUUUGGUAGAUCAAAAUAUCAAGGACUUUACCUUUGCUUACUACUAUGGAUUUGAAUACGCUGCUGAUGCUGAUUAACUAUCUGGAAAGUAUAUUGACAAUGAUUCCAAUUUCUUCGGUCCUGAACAUAUCUUCCCAGAUGGUUACAUCUAGAUACCUAUAACUCUAGCAAAAGAUCUAAAUAUCAUUCUUGACUAGAAAGUAACUCAUAUAGACUACUCAGGAGAAUAUGUGAAUGUUAUCACAGACAAUGGUCAAAUUUAUGAAGCUAAUAAAGUUAUUGUGACAGUGCCACUUGCUAUCUUGAAAAGUAAAAUGAUCAACUUUACCCCUCCAUUACCUCAGUCUAAACAAGACUCAAUUGAAAAGAUGGGAGCUGGCUGA